CCCGGGCCCCUGAACAUGGCGAGUGGGACGGUCGGGGCGGCCGGGGAAGGUGCCUGCCCGGCGCUGGACGCGAGAGACGAGGCGGCGACGACCCACCCCGCCGCCAGCCAGGGGGCCAACGCGACCAAGCUGGCUGUUGCUCUUCCAGCUGAGGAGGACCAGGAGCUGCUGCCCGAGGGCUCCCCCGGCCCUCCCCCUGCUCAGCCGCCACACCAUCUGAUGCUCCUGCUGAGGAGAUCCCCCAGCACCUCCCUCUGCCUGGUCCAAGAGGAAGAAGCGGCUGCCCUGCCCCCGGGCAGUGCCGUGGGGCGAGGUGGGCCCAUUCCUGCCGGGCGAGGUGGCCCUUCCACGCCUUCGGGACGGGCAGCCCCCCCUGCACCGACAGUCGGGGUCGCCGGGACCUCGUUGGGAGAUGAUGUGAGGAAAUGCGGCUACCUGAGGAAGCAGAAGCACGGCCACAAGCGCUACUUUGUGCUGCGGGCGGAAAGUGACCUGGCCCCGGCCAGGUUGGAGUACUACGACAGCGAGAAGAAAUUCAAGAGCAGCCUGAGGGCGGCGGUGGGGAAUGUGGCCCUCUGCUGCCCCCCUCCCAAGCGGGUGAUCCCUCUCUACCAGUGCUUCACCGUCAGCCGGAGGGCGGAUGCCAAGCACAAACACAUCAUCGCCCUGUAUACAAAGGAUGAGUAUUUUGCCAUGGUGGCUGAGAAUGAGGCUGAACAGGAGGGCUGGUAUCAGGCAAUCAGUGAGCUUAUGAGUCAGAGCAAGAGGGGGUUCUUGGAGCAGGAAGACCAGGCUGAUCAGCUGCUAGAUGAUGAUGAUGAGCAUUAUGGAACUGCUCUUAGACCAGGCACUGUCUUCAAGGAAGUCUGGCAAGUCAAUGUGAAGCCCAAGGGGUUAGGGCAGACAAAGAACUUGACUGGGGUGUACAGAUUGUGCCUCUCUAGUAAGUCCAUCCACCUUGUCAAACUGAAUUCUGAGGUACCUUCUGUCCACUUACAGCUGAUGAAUAUCCGUCGGUGUGGGCAUUCAGAAAAUUUCUUUUUCAUUGAGGUGGGCAGAUCUGCAUCCAUUGGGCCAGGUGAGCUGUGGAUGCAAGUGGAUGAUUCAGUGGUUGCUCAGAACAUGCACGAAACCUUUUUAGAAACCAUGAAAGCUCUGAAAGCCUUUUCUGAGUUCAGACCUCGCAGCAAGAGCCAGUCAUCUGGUGGUGGUAGCAGCACCAACCCCAUUUCAUUCAUUACUGCCAGGAGGCACCUUGGCAAUCUGCCACCCAGCCAGACGGGCUUACAGAGAAGAUCCAGAACUGAAAGUGUUACUGGUGGGACUCCUCCCACCACCAAGAGCAGUAAUUCUUACCGAUUCAGAACUUCUAGUGAAGGAGAGGGUACGAUGACCAGACCAUUUAGGUCAGUGACCGGGAGUCUCAUUCAUUUGAAUACAGCACGGAUGAAUUUAGGACGACAAGAAGGGAGUGGACGAUAUGUUAGGGCAGCAUUUACCUCUUCUUAUCAUGCCAGGUCUGCCUCUCUGCCAGUAUCUCAUUUUCCUUCCACUACCAGCCCCAUCAGCGUUUCUUCAACUAGUGGCCAUGGGUCUACUUCAGAUACUCUUGUAAGGCCUUCCAGUUCAUCUGUCUGUGGUUCCCCAAGUGAUGGUGGCUUUAUCUCUUCAGAUGAAUAUGGUUCCAGCCCUGGAGACUUCCGAUACUUUCGUGUGAGAAGUAAUACUCCAGAUUCUUUGGGUAAUACGCCACCCAUUAGAGAGGAGAACUGUUUAAAUGAGUACAUGUCCAUGAGCAAACAGCAAUUGGAUAAUAGCUCAAGAGAUGACUUACGGGAAGCUGAAAAAUGCAUUAGAAAAAGAACUUACUCUUUAACAAAACCUGCGUCUACACCAGCACAACAGAAAACAACCCAAACUGCAACUUCCUUAGAUGAGGAUUCUGUUGGAAGCCAUGGACAUUUGCCUUGUUCUGAAUCGCCAAAACUCAAAGACAGUCCUGAUCCAGAGUAUGGAGAGGCUCCCCUUGAUUCUGUAUAUAAUUACAACAGGAAUAAAGCCAGAGAUGAUGGAUACAUGCCAAUGAUGCCGGGAGUUGCAUCUUCUCUUGCAAGCAACAAUGAUUAUCUGCCAAUGACUCCUAAAACCACAUCUGUACCAAAACAGAUAAACAAUUCUUGGUCAUCAUCUCAGGCUGACUCCAGGGGGUACAUGAUGAUGUUUCCCAGGGCUGUCUCUUCACCGGUACGAAGUCCUUUAACUGGAUUUAAUUCUAAAAGCGGUACUGACAAGCUGGCAAAUAAUGAGUAUAUGGAUAUGUCACCUGGAAAUUCAGCUGCUCCAAAGCCUCCAAAUGAUUCAAAUUAUAUGCAUACCAGUGCUAGUUCAAAAGGUUUUGGCUCCUAUUUUUCUCUCCCACGAAGCUUUAAGACUUUAUCAGGACAAAAUGGUGAACAUAAUGAAUAUGUUCCAAUGUCAUCACCAGGGAAACUACUGUAUGGUGGCUCUGAAAAUGGUAAAAAUGCCAGUAGUGAAGUUCUGACUAAUGGUCUUUCCAAGUCAUCUAUCUUGAAAGCUUCAGAUGAAGGCCUUGCACAGAACAGGGUUACCAGGCCUACAAGACUUCCACUAGGUACUAGAGGUAGUAACACCAUACCAAGAAUGUAUGAUCGUACAAUUCCACUUGAGCCAUCAAGUCCUGGUGAAUAUAUAAAUAUAGACUUUGGUGAAAAGGCAAGUAAUACACCAUACUCUUUAUCUGCAGAAGGAUCUCCAUCAUCUCUUGGCUCCAGUAGUGACCACAGGCAGUCUCCGCUCUCUGACUACAUGAGUGUUGAUCUGGAUGUUCAGUCACCAAAAGCAACAAAAGAUCUGGCUAGUUCCUUAACAGAUAUUUCAGUUUAUCCAAGCUCUAGUAUCCCUAGAAACCAGCCUGAUGCUGAUUAUGCUAGGCUCUCAUUUGGUACUGCUUGUGUUAGUGCAGCAAGUGGUAGGAUUGAUGACUACACCGAGAUGACCUUCAACAUGGCAGCAACACCACCUGGACCGUUUGCCUCAGAAAGCAAAAAUGGCUUGAAGAUGGAUAGUCCUCCUUCCAUAGUGAAUCGAUUGUGUAUUGUUGACCAAUAUGCUGGUAACACUGACUUCCCUGUUCCAAGCCCUGAACCUCCAGUAGUCCCUAAAGUCAUUCGGGCUGACCCACAAGGAAGGAGGCGGCAUAGCUCUGAAACAUUCUCUUCUGCUGCCCCUGUUACCACUUCCUCCUCUUUCUUCACUGACAGUAGCAAAAGGCACAGUUCUGCCUCUUUUGACAAUGUAUGGUUGAAACCUGAAGAACACAUUUCAGAUGGCCAUGAAAGCAAGAUGUCCAGAGAUACUUCAACUGGAUUUCAGAACGGCUUAAACUAUAUAGCUCUGAAUUUACGAGAGAAUUCUCUAAACUGUGAGGAGAGCCCCAGCACACCCAAUUGCCACCUCUCAAACGGUACUUUGAAUCUGGAAAGUGGAGUAUAUGUAAGCAUAGACUUCAGCAGAUCUGAUGGACUGAAGUGCAACGCUGCAAGAAAAGACUGAUGGCAUUACCAUGGAAACUACGGAAACCAUUGUGAGAAGAGCAGGCUUUGCAGCUGGUGUGUCUCCAUAACUGUGUGGUGCUUUUGGGAGCAGAGCCCAUCUUCAGCCAUCUCCCUUCCCUUCCACCCGCACGGACCUGGAAUGGUUGUCUCCAUCGAGUGGCUGUCGAGUCUGCCAUUGUGCCCAUCUGAACGAACACUUUUAUCAUCGAUGAGCCUUGACAGAGGGUUUCUUCACCCCCUCAAACAUAUCUGUCUGGGUGACAAUGCAAAUGCUGGAGUGGAGAUGCUGACAGUUUCUGCUCUUUCCCCAUCAAUUUCUGUUUUUGAGAAGUCAUGAAUUGAUGUCUGAAAAAAAAUCUACCUAAUAUGGGUUUUUGCUUUUUUUUUUUUUUCUUCUUCUAGUACUUGAAAUGAAAUGCUUACAUGUUAUAAAUGGUUUAGAAUCAUUGUUAUUUGAGGGCGGGGACAGUUCUGAAAUCCAUUGGGUGGGGAGGGGAAGGAUAGCUUAAGACUUGUGAACCAGUGAUCCUGAGCAUACUUAACUCGCGAGUCUCACGAGAAUCAAUUGAGGCUUGCACCAGUGUUCUGAACGGCAAGUUCCAAUGCAAACAGCCUUUCCCACCCCCCACCCCCAGACUGCGAGAGAAGCUUUCUGUCCUCUGCAUUUCUCUCUCCUGCUCCGUCCCCAGUGCAUGUUCUCUUUGGUGCCUGCCUCUUUGCCUUGCGCAUGGUGCAAGAGACGAUAACCCAUUUACGUUCUCCCUGGCCAGGCUUGGGGGAAGGAGGGAGAAGCCACUGCUGCAUCCCCUUCCACAGUUACAGCCGUCUUUUCAGGGAAGCAGUGUUGCCGGACGAUAAGCCAAUUUUUUUUUUACAAAUGUAGCAACAGCUGCUCAAAAACAAAAUUGGGGGUGGGGGGGAGAAAGACUGGCUUCUUGCAUACUCUCCCAGAGAAACCGUCAAUUUAGUAAGCAAAAGUUACAAAUCGUGCAUGAGCAUAGUAAUCCCUCUGAACGCAGUGGGGCUUGUUUGCAACUAAACGCACAGUGGCUUUGGCUGUAACCAGCCCCUCUGAAGCCCCUUUAACUCUGGCGCCUUUCUUUGAGGCCGUAAGACGUGCCCUGUUCGUGGUGAGGCUUCAAGCUACAGGCACAAGACAAUGUAAGAUUUGGGCUUCAGGGUAAAGGGAUGAUACUCACAUGACUCCUUUAAAAAAAAUCCUUUACGGUACAAAAAAAUUAUGGAGCCUAUACCUCUUUUCCUUAAAAAAAACCCCCUUAUCUGCUCAGAUCAAAGAUUUAUUACCGAGAAUAUCUGGAAUAAGUAGAACCGAAGAAUUGGUUAUAUCUGAUUAUAGUUAAGUUUCCUGUUACAUCUCCCUGUGUAGUUAUUUGUUAAUUAUAUGUUUUGGAUAAAAGGGGGGGGGUGAUUUUUUUUUUUAGGUUCAAAUGGAAAAUGCAGACUCUGUAUAUUCCCCCUGCAUUAUAAUGUUGAUGUGCUAGAGAGCUUUUGUAGAAAGAAUCCCUUUAAUCUCAAAAUUUAACAACGCUCCCUUUUAUUUGGAGCAACUGUUUCAUUUUUUAUUCAAAAUUUGGGGGGGGGGGACCAUAACUAAACCUGUCCUAUAUUUAUGCCUAAUGAAGGUGGGAGGAUACAUUCUUUCUAAUGGGUGUUUAAAAUCGGAAACUGAAAAUUGUAGUCAGACUCCAGGAGAGCUGCACCUUGUGGGCUGAUGUCACUAAAAAGCAAGACACUAGUUGGUACGAAUAGUAUAUCUACUAAUAAUUUAGAUAACGGAAGUUGAAAACUGUACGCAAAUCCUCAGGCACCACACAGCUGGUAUUCCUCUGCAUUGUAUAUUGUACAGGUAUGGAGCCAGGGUUGUCUCACCUUCGAACAUCUGACCUUUUUAAAGGUACUAGACAGGUUUGUAUAACAGAUUAGACCCUGCUGUCAGUUUUAAUGUUCAUUACUGUGUACUGGAAUCUUAUCUUUUUUUUUUGUUAAGUCUUAACGUUCAUGUCACACAACUUUAUUGGUAACAUUUGGCAAACGUAGUUGGUAUCCAUGAGGUUACGGCAGGGCCCGGUAAUCCGAAGGAAGAGGCUGCUGCAGAGUUUAAAAGCACAGAUGAGUAGUUCCUGAAUCUAGAAGAGCAAGGUUUUCAAGAAUACAGUUAACUAGUUGCUGCUAAACAGAUUUUAACUUUUAAAAAAAAAAGACGAGAGACCACUUUUCCAGACCACAAAACUGUCUUGCCAUAUACGUUUUGUUCAGACUCUGUAAAUUAAUAAUGCAAUAGGUACUGCCUUUAAAAAUAAAAAAGCUUUACAUAUUUUUUAUUUGAAAAAUGAAAUUUAGGUGAUAGUUCAAAAAGAUAAAUUUGAAGGGGGGGGAGGUUAGUAAAUGUUACAUUCUUUAUAUAUUAGGUCCUGAAGCUGAGGGAGGUGCAAGAUACAGCACUGAUUUUUGCAAAUGCCGAAUAAAAUAAGCAAAUGGGUAACCUCAACUCUUCUGGUACAAAUACUAACAGGCACAGCAUAAGAAAUAUGCAAUUUCUUUGUCUUAGUUUACAGCAACUAACUUAUUCAGUAUUGUGCUGGAAGGCCAUUUUUCCAACUGUGUAAAACAUAUCACUCUUGUGGGCAAACUUCCAGCACCCAUUGAUGCUGCUGUAUAGUACAGAAAAAAACAAACAAACAAGGAUGGAACAAUGUUUGUCCUGUAAAUUUAAUUUGAUAUUUGGACAGUUAUCGUCUGUACAAACUAAAACAUAUAUGGUUGAAACUGUUCAUUAUAUUUGCUAUUUCUGCUUCACUGAUCUGUUUAAAAGUUUUCGAGCUGAUUGAUCCGGCUGUGUCUUCCAUUGUAAAUAUUGUUACAUUGUUUUUUCAUGGUAAAACGCAGCACAUUUGCGAUUUGGGGAGACUGGCUUGGAGCUCUGUAUAGUGUUUAUAUUUAUCUCGAUUGGCUUUCCAUAGAGCUACUUGCAGUAAAUGUGUUCAUGAUA